CAAUAAACGACUAGACCGGACCCGCCUCCGCCCGCCCCGCGGCGCUUCAUUCGCGCCGGAUAUGGGUUCCGAGGCGGCGGCACUGCUGGAGGCCGUGGACUUCGCCGCCAAGAAGCACAAGGGCCAGCGGCGGAAGGACCCCGAGGGCACCCCCUUCAUCAACCACCCCAUCGGCGUAGCCAGGAUCCUGGCCCUCGAGGCCGGCGUGACGGACACGGUGGUGCUGCAGGCUGCCCUCCUGCACGACACGGUGGAGGACACGGACACGACGUUCUCGGAGAUCGAGGAGCGGUUCGGGACGGCGGUUCGGCGGGUGGUGGAGGAGGUGACAGAUGACAAGGCGCUGCCCAAGGCCGAGCGCAAGCGGCUGCAGGUGGAGCGGGCGGCGGGCAGCAGCCCCCGCGCCAAGCUGGUCAAGUUGGCCGACAAGCUGGACAACCUGCGGGACCUCAACCGCUGCACCCCGCGAGGCUGGUCGCCGGAGCGUGUGCAGGACUACUUCCGGUGGGCGGCGGAGGUGGUGACCGGUCUGCGCGGGACCAGUCCCCCGCUGGAGGCGGCCCUGGGGCGGCUCUUCGAGGAGCGCGGCCUCGCCCUGUGACCGCCGAGGCCGGUGUGGGGGGAAAGGCGCCGGUGGCGGCGACCAAUAAAGCUGU